AUGGCGGCGCUGAGGUUCCCGCUGCCGUUCCUGGCUUUUUCCGCCAUCGCUGCGGGGAUCGGGGCCGUACCCGGGGCCGGAACGGCGGCGCUCGGCCGCGCUUUCCGGGGGACGGCGGCGCUGCGGCGCUGCCAUGGCCGCGUCCCCUGCCCGGCGGCGCCGCUGGGAACGGGCUCGGUGCUCCCCGGCCCCGCGUCCCCACAAGGCACGGGCACCCUCAGAAGAGGCCCCGGCUCUCCGCUCCUCGGUUGGGCUCUGGGCGGCCGGGACGGAUCGGUGCCGGGCAGGACGGGCUCUCCGCGGGUCGGUGAGGGCAGGACGGGCUCUCCGCGGGUUGUGCCGGGCAGGACGGGCUCUCCGCGGGUCGGUGAGGGCAGGACGGGCUCUCCGCGGGUUGUGCCGGGCAGGACGGGCUCUCCGCGGGUCGGUGAGGGCAGGACGGGCUCUCCGCGGGUUGUGCCGGGCAGGACGGGCUCUCCGCGGGUCGGUGAGGGCAGGACGGGCUCUCCGCGGGUUGUGCCGGGCAGGACGGGCUCUCCGCGGGUCGGUGAGGGCAGGACGGGCUCUCCGCGGGUUGUGCCGGGCAGGACGGGCUCUCCGCGGGUCGGUGAGGGCAGGACGGGCUCUCCGCGGGUUGUGCCGGGCAGGACGGGCUCUCCGCGGGUCGGUGAGGGCAGGACGGGCUCUCCGCGGGUUGUGCCGGGCAGGACGGGCUCUCCGCGGGUCGGUGAGGGCAGGACGGGCUCUCCGCGGGUUGUGCCGGGCAGGACGGGCUCUCCGCGGGUCGGUGAGGGCAGGACGGGCUCUCCGCGGGUUGUGCCGGGCAGGACGGGCUCUCCGCGGGUCGGUGAGGGCAGGACGGGCUCUCCGCGGGUUGUGCCGGGCAGGACGGGCUCUCCGCGGGUCGGUGAGGGCAGGACGGGCUCUCCGCGGGUUGUGCCGGGCAGGACGGGCUCUCCGCGGGUCGGUGAGGGCAGGACGGGCUCUCCGCGGGUUGUGCCGGGCAGGACGGGCUCUCCGCGGGUCGGUGAGGGCAGGACGGGCUCUCCGCGGGUUGUGCCGGGCAGGACGGGCUCUCCGCGGGUCGGUGAGGGCAGGACGGGCUCUCCGCGGGUUGUGCCGGGCAGGACGGGCUCUCCGCGGGUCGGUGAGGGCAGGACGGGCUCUCCGCGGGUUGUGCCGGGCAGGACGGGCUCUCCGCGGGUCGGUGAGGGCAGGACGGGCUCUCCGCGGGUUGUGCCGGGCAGGACGGGCUCUCCGCGGGUCGGUGAGGGCAGGACGGGCUCUCCGCGGGUUGUGCCGGGCAGGACGGGCUCUCCGCGGGUUGUACCGGGCAGGACGGGCUCUCCGCGGGUUGUGCCGGGCAGGACGGGCUCUCCGCGGGUGGGGGGGGGGGGGGGGGGGGGGGGGGGGGGGGGGGGGGGGGGGGGGGGGGGGGGCUUCUCCCCCGCCCCUUCUCAAUAA